AUGUUAUCUAAGCAGAUCAGCAAACCUGCCACCGAGCAGACCCUCACCGGCCCUAACGACUGGGAAAGAUGGGAAAAGAUAUUCCUUUCCAAGAUAGAGCAGAAGGAUCUUAUGGGAUAUCUCACCGGAGAAAGGGAACUGCCUACGAGGCCCGAGAUGACGGUGAUACCACCAACUCCCCCGUCAAUCGAAGCAUUGCGAGAAAGGAAUCGUACCACAAAUCGAGACCGAGAACGAAGCACACAGACCGAAGGAGACCAGGCUUCACAGGAUGAAGCUAUUUCCACCGGUCCAGCAACCUCAGCGGAGAAAGCAGCUCUCAAGCUAUGGAAGGAUGAAUAUUCGCUAGAGCUAUCUCACUUCAACACGCUGAUGACGUAUUACCGAACGCAAGAGAGCCGAUAUGAAGCCGAACGGAAGAAAAUUGACGACAUUAUACAAUGGAUGCAGACGUCGGUUAGUAACGAUAUCAAGGAUGCGUGCUUCGGGGUAGGGAUAGACGUACGAACCGGAUAUCAAAACUUGAAGCAAUUCUUUGGACGUACGGCCAUGACGAUUGCUCAUCAAAUAGGACAAGAAUAUAGAAUGCAUAUGAAGGAAUUUCAAACCUGGCCAAAGGAUAUCAAUUCUUGGGUAACCCAGUGGAUGUCUAUCAUGCAACGUGGAAAGCAAUAUAACCUCACAUUUGCGAAGGAUGUAGUCAAUUGGACUAAGGAUUUCUUUGACGCCUUUUAUAAAGCUGAUCCGGCGUGGGUAACCGUGCUACGAACAACGUAUAGCGACCGGAUUGAAGCCGGGAAUAUCACAUAUAACGACUUCGCUAAGCAGGUGCAAGAGCAAGAUCGCACCAGGCCCAAAGUGACAGCGAAGAGAGGCUUCCAACGAGGAGCCUUUAACGCAAAUCAACAACAAGACGGCGCCUCGGACAAAGAUAAUAACAACGAGAACGAGAAUAACACCCGCAGCGAGAGCUACAGAGGAAAAAGGCCACCGAGGUGGUAA